GCCGACCGUUGCCGACCGUCGGGCGCACCAGUCCACACGCAUUGUUGCGCCAACGCGACGUACUCACGGCGAACGUGUCAAAACCGCUGUGCCGCGUGCAGGGACCGACGUCAGCCCGCGGCGAUCUUCUCGUCUCGUCCACCGCGCCGCUACCAUUCCGAUCGAGUUCAUCCGGCCCACGCGUCCCGUCGCGAACCGAACCCGUUUGCAGGCCGAUCCCGUGUUCCCGGAACGAAAGUAACGAGACUACAAUCUAGUAACAACAGAUGCAAGGAGAUUGGUACUUUACGCCUACGUGUGGAUAAGAAAAAGAAAGCAUGGGCAAAAGAAAUUCAAAACUGAAGCAAGAUACAAUUGACAAACUAAUAGAAGACACAUAUUUUUCGGAAAAAGAAAUCAGACAAUGGCACAAAGGUUUUCUAAAAGAUUGCCCGAACGGACUGCUCACGGAACAAGGCUUUAUAAAGAUAUACAGACAGUUUUUCCCACAAGGUGAUCCAACAAAAUUUGCGUCACUGGUAUUCAGAGUAUUCGACGAGAACAAGGAUGGCUCCAUAGAGUUUGAAGAAUUCAUCAAAGCCCUAUCAGUGACGUCCAGAGGAAACUUAGAUGAAAAACUUCACUGGGCUUUUCGUUUGUACGAUGUCGACAACGAUGGUUUCAUAACAAGAGACGAGAUGUACAACAUCGUGGAUGCUAUAUACCAGAUGGUGGGACAACAACCCCAGGCUGAAGACGAAAACACUCCGCAAAAACGGGUGGACAAAAUAUUCGAUCAAAUGGACAAAAAUCACGACGAUAAACUCACAUUGGAAGAGUUCCGGGAAGGGAGCAAAGCAGAUCCAAGAAUAGUGCAGGCUCUAUCCUUAGGAGGAGACCACAACGCAGCGGCUCCACAAGCAGCUACAACAUAAUCUGGUCGGACACGAGUUUUCAAUGUUGGCGAUGUUAUCUAUUUUUUCGUAUAUAAUUUUUGAUUCCCCCCCCCCCCAUCCACCUACAUACGCUAAUAUAAUAUUAUAUUUGUCUUUAGCGUUUAUCUCAUACGUAGUACACUUAAAUCUUUUUACGGACUCGUUUGUAAAUUACCAUAAUAUAAUAAAAUAUUCAUGCUCGUAAUAAGUAAUCAUGUACGAUUAUAAUUUUAAGAUUAUACAUAAUCCACCCACCUCAGUGGUCAUGAGUGUGCAAUUUAGGAAUAUGUUGUAUAACUUUGUACUUGUAUACUUUCAUAUAGGUCUCAUCAGUUUUAUAUUACUAUUAAACAUAUAUAAUAAGAAUAUAAAGAACAUACACUCGUUUUUUUUUUUUUACUUAAAAUAAUAUGUUCAUUACUUCUUGUUUAAUUCAAUAUACUAUAGGAAUCACUAUGAAUUUUUUUUUUUGUUAAAAUGAUAUUUUUAAAAUAAAAAUCAAACUCAUUUAAGCUAACUCGGUAAUAAUUAGAAAUUUUCUAGUCGUUUUACUAUUAAGUAGCAUUAUGGAUCAAUAUACGUUUUUAUAAUUAUUAUUAUAUUAUAUAACCAAUAAUAUACUGUAAAUUGCUCGCUCAAUGUAAGUUUUGUUUUGAAUCUACCUCUCCCUUAA